AUGAGUGACCCACGCAGGGACGCAUGGUGGAAUGUGCCUGACAACUUCCACUACCCACUAAUGUUUUACAUGGAAGAGGACCAGGAAGACUACAUAUUUGGUCCUGAGGACGAAUACCUUCGCACCCUGGAGGUCCACAGCAGCACCCUCAUUCAGCUGGAGAGAUGGUUCACAUCCUCAGGCCAAACCCGAGUCACUGUGGUGGGACCACUUAAAGCCAGGUUGUGGGUGAUGAACAUGAUCAGAAAAGUGGGAAGUCAGGACACUUUCAAUCAAGCUAAAGGCAAUGUGAUGCUGCAACGGAUCCGGAGUCAUCCUCUGACACAGCAAGACCUGGAGUUUCAUUUAGAAGCAGGGAGCAGUCUUUGGUUUACCAGAAUGAGUUCCAUGGAAGUUCCUCCUUCCUUGAGGUUUCCUUUGACAGUUGUGUCGUUGUUUUGGGGUUCUCUUCAAAUUCUUUGUAUUCAUAACUUCGCAGAUCUCCUUUGGUAACUGGUUGGGGAAAGCAGUUAGGGGGAGGAGGAGGGGUUCUUCAUC